AUAUGCUAUUUACUAUGCAUUGUUAAGAAUAUCAAACAGUUGUUCAGAUUGAAUAAAUCAAAGAUGCUAGUUUCAGUGAUAUUAGAAAUUUUUAAAUUCAAGCUUGCUAGUACAAUUUUAGUGCUAUCUUGUUGGGAUGAUAAUGAGCAAGUAAAGUUUAUGCGUCAACUGAUAUCUCGUGGAGUGAGAGUCGCUAUGUCAUGCGAUGGUAACGACAUACCGCCGGUCAGCAUCCAUCAGCUGCAUGGUAUUUUGUACUUCAGCAAUAGCAAUAUAACGAAAGGGAUUAAACGGGAGGACUUUGGAUACUGGAACAAAUGGGUGAUAGUUGGCGACACUGUACCAAAAUUUUUGAAAGCGACUAGAAAUGACGCUGAUAUUGUACUUGUUACUCCAGAGAAUACCGAUGCUGAAAUAAGUGACGUUUAUGUUCAUCCUGUUGAGGAACCCUCAAUACAUCCAUGGGCCUAUUGGAAUACGAAUGAUGGUCUCCAAAUAGUAUACGACCAUCAACGACUACGACGACGAUGGAAUUUAAAGAAGCAUACUUUAAGAAUUGCUACACCGCUUGGGACAUAUUCUAACGAAACCUAUAAUGGGACAUUUAAAGAGUAUCUGUUGGAUAUGUCGAUGCCGGAGAAAGAUUCCGGCGUUCGAGCUGGAUACACUACGGCUCUGAUCAUGAUAGACGCUCUUAACGCUACCGAAGAAAUGAUUCCGACACUUUUAUGGGGCACAGAAGUUAAUAACAGCAGUAUGUUAUUGAAACUAAGAAGAGAGGAGGCCGAUAUUGCGGGGGGUAUAUUGAGGAUUUUGCUGACACGAAUUCAAAAAUUAGACUAUACCGUUUCAUUAUGGCCUUUUCACGUGGGUUUCACUUACUUGGCAGAACGAGAGAGCAGCAGCAACAUGUUUGCUGAGCCCUUCACUGCGGGAGUAUGGUGGUGCUGUCUUGCUCUUUUCAUUAUCCUUGCCUUUGCUCAGCGCGUUACAUCCAAAACACCUUUUGAAAAAGAAGGAGCGUAUAUUGCUGUUUUGGCAACUUCCUUACAACAAGACGCAAGCGCUGUCCCCGAAGGAGUAUCAGGUAGAUGGACAUUCCUGGUACUAUCUACAUCGGCCAUGCUGAUUCACGCCUACUACACUUCCGCUAUUGUUUCUACGCUUAUGAACGCUGGUAGAGAUGGACUGGACUCGCUGAGAGCUCUGGGUGACUCCAAAUACGCUAUAGCAUCAGAUGAUUACGACUAUAUGCGAUUUUUUAUGUUCGAUGUGAAAACGAAUUGGAGUGAUAUGGAAUAUCUGAAGCAAAAGAAAAUGACAUCAAACCUGUAUCACGACGCCCAACAAGGGGUGAAGCUGAUACAAGGAGGACAGACCGCUUACCACACUGAGUACAACCAGCUGUACCCAUAUCUGAGGUCAUUUACUGAUGAUGAAAUAUGUAAGGUCCAACAUGUUGAUACUAUUCCAGAGACGUUGACCUGGGUGACUACGACAAAAUUUGGCCAGUGGACCAAUUUAUUCCGUAUUGUCGGCGGCUGGCUGCACGAGACCGGCUUGAAGGCUCGCGUCGUCACCCGCCUGAGAAUCAGGCCGCCGCCUUGCCAAGCGGCUCUCCUUGCUGAAAAAGUUAACAUCAAUGACGUCGCACCCGUCAUCAUCAUUACUUUCACGGGCAUGGUCAUUUCGGUGAUCAUAUUGGGAAUGGAAGUCCUGUAUUCGAAAUGGCAAAAGAGAAAUCGAAAAACUGCAGUGGCGUUUGGAGUCGUGGAAGAAUUUUUCCGUGACUAA